AUGUCUCGUCACCUCGACUUAAAUAACGCUUCUACUAUAAGUGUUUUGCCUCGAAGAAGGUUGAAUGAUUUAGCACAUUCUAGUCCAGUUGUCAAGAAGAGCAAAAUCUUAAGAGACUUUAGAAAUUGCGAGUUGGAUUUUGUUAAACCGAGUUCUGCUCCAGUACAAGUACUGGAAAGUGUUGAUAAUCCGUCUACAGAGAAAAUAAAUAGUAGCUCAAUUGAUGAUUCGUUUUCCGCCAAAGUCACGCGACUUCGAAGCUCUACUGAUACAAAAACCACUGCUCGGCGUCGUCGUCGGCGUCAGCAGCAACAGCAGCAGCAGCAACAGCAUGAUAUUGAUGGUAGAGUAGAGUGCCUCAAAAGUACUGAGUCGACGUCUCUGCUGAAGCCUCUUCACCCCGUAUCGACUACAACGGCAGCAAACAACAAUGAGAAUACACCAUCUUGUCAAGAUCUUGUCAAAGUUGAAGAAAAAGAUACUGCUGUGCAACAACCAGACCCACCUUUUGUGAGAUUGUCAAAGAUGCUUCAAGACCAUGCACAACACAGAGUUCAACAUGAGAAUACUAGAAAAUUAGAGCUUGAAGCAUUACGCUAUCGACAUAAUAAUGAGCUAAGGGAACUUUGCAAUCGCCAUGCCGAAGAAAGGGCGAAAGAUGAGGAAAACUUACAGAGCAGUAUUUCGACUCUUUUUGAAGAAGCAGUUGGAAUUGGUCAAUUUUUUGGAGAAAACAAAAGUGUGCAAUACGAUAAUGAGCUUUUGGAGAAGGAAGUGCAAAACCAAAAAUACAUUGAAAUACCUCCCAACACAUUUGAAAAAGAUGAUGCUGUUGCUGUUUAUAAUUCAACAUAUAUAGAAAAGGAAAAGGAAAAGGAAAUGGAAAAGGUACAGGUGGCGGUGGAGGUGGAGGUGGAAAAGAAUGGCACGAGUUAUGGAGAUUCAGGAUCACCAUAUACUAAGUUAAUUUCGUUGAGCGCUUCUGACGCAGAAAUGACUAAAUCGAGUCAAGGGUGUUCUCGUGUGCAGGGUCUGUAUGAAACUUGGGGCUCCAACAACUGCAACAACAACAACAACAAUAAUAAUAAUAAUAAUAAUAAUAAUAAUAAUAAUAAUAAUAAUAAUAGUCAUAAUAAGAAUAAUAAUAAUCUACUACAGCAAACGCGUCGCGAGAGGGAGAUUACAGAACAAAGUAAUGGUGAUGGCGAACUUGGAGUUUUGAAAUCACGUGUUACACGAAGCAUGAUGUCACAGAUUACCAAAACUAGUAUUAGAGAUAAUCUUCUUCUUCAAGUGAAACCAGCUGGUUAUGGUACAUCAUUGUUAAGUGAUGAGAUUGAAACUAGUGGCCAGAGCAGCAGUUCAGAGAGUGAUGUUUCACCUUCACAAAACAACCGUCAUUCCAAAUCAAUUAAUGAGUUGCAAGGAGAUCCCAAGAAGAAGGCUCGUACAUCACCAGCCGCAGCUUUGGCAAGCACAAGUCAACACCAGCUGUUUAAAAAAGAAGAAAAAGAAAAGGACGAAGACAAGGAAGAAAAAACAACAGGUUUGAAUAACAUGUUUGAGAUUGAAAAGAAAAGUAGUCAAGGUGUGGCAAAUAGUGAUGCAGUUGAACCUGUUGAUGAAUCUCGGGAGAAAGAUUUUUCACUGAUUGCCUCGUCCAGUCCUAGUUGGAACUCCUUUCUUGAUGUGGAGUCUAGUGCUCCGCAUACACGUAGUUGCAAACCCAUAAGUGGCUCAACCCAGAACAAUUCUAGGUCUUUUUCUUCUACAGAGAAGGCAAAAAAAUCAACGGUUGAUAAAGGUGGCGAUUUACAAAGUAAGAUAAUUGGUCUUGAAAAACGACGUUCUAGAAAUGGUACUAAAUCGGUCAAUUCAACUUCAAAAGAGAACUCGGCAACGAAAAAAAAAAUAAUGAAGAUAAAGAAAUUGUUUUCAACCACGGAUAUCAGUAUUGACAGUAGUGAUACUGAAGAUUCGUCAUACAGCAGCAGCAAUGGAGAAGAGUCGGAUAAUAAUGCAAUAUAA